AUGUCAAAGUCAGAGCCCACCGAUUCUUUCUUGGCACUUAUCCGCGCGGCGGAGGAGGGCGAGGUAGACGAGACGUUGGCUGAGGUGCUCGCCAAGCUCGAGGUCAGCGAAGGAGACGAAGGCGAAGGGAAGUCAGGAGACUCGCCCGAGGAGAAGCGGCCGAGGGGUCUCGGACCGGAGGGUAGGGUACAGGCCGUUGCUGUGGGCGUGGAGCUGAGCAGUGUGUUGUAUUCGUACGAUGCGACUAAGGCGCGGGUAUGUCAUGCCCCUGACAGUCCUUCCGGGGCCGGGACUGCGAAGGCACUCGUCGCUCAACUUGAAGACGAGAGCCUGGGAUCGCAGAAGUUGGUCGCCGUGCAGGAGAGCCUCGCCGAUCUCUCGGGUGAUCCCGCAUCUCUGAAAAAGUUCAUCUCGGACGCAAGACCGGCGCUAGGAGGCGCGCUGGUUCUGGUAUCGGAAGAUUCCGAGAUGCUUCAAGCCCUGGCCGCAGAGUUGGGCCUCGAGGAACUCGAGAUUUCCUUCGAACACGCCACCGGAGUGCUCUUGGCCUAUCCCACGGAGGGUGAGGAUUGUGACGCGUGGACCCUGAUUAGGAGACUGUCGCACGAGUAG